AUGGCCCUUCUCGACUACCCUGUUCCAGAGUUGGAUGUUACCUUGCAAGAAGUGAGCCGUGUCCUGCAGCUCACUUUAAGUCCUGACCUUUACCCUGAGUUUAAAAGUAUGAUGGAACAGGAGAGGAAGCUCCUUGAAGAGGCCCAUCAAAAAUUAGCAACCAGCGCUGCAGGCAAAGAGAACUGGGUGACGGAGCAGUUCAAGAGAGCCCUGCUGUCCUGUGCUGACCCCGUGCCCACCUCCACAGCUCUCCCUGUUGUUCUUCUUCCUUCCCAAGCAAAGCAAUGUACCCAGCUGCAAAGGGCAGCCGCUCUGCUCUGGGCAGCAGCAAAGCUGUACAGUGAGCCCUUGUUACUGGAGGGGAAUGUGCCAAUGGAGCGCACACAGCAGAGUGAAGUAUUUGCUGCCAUCCGGAUUCCUGGCAGGAUUCACGAUGAGAUUAAGGUCUACCCAGAUAGCCUCCAUGCCAUCGUCACCUGUGUUGGAGGAGUGUUCCCUGUUGACAUACUGUGGCAUCCUAGCACUGGGGGGCCGGUUUCAGCUCGAUCAUUCAAUGACAUCUACAAACAGCUGACACAGGUGAUGGAUCAACCCAGUGCAGGAAGACAGGAUGAUCCCUCUGCCAUUUGCAGCCUCUCAGCUAUGGAGCGCAAAGCCUGGGCUGCCACCAGGGAAGAGAUUCUGGAGCAAGGAGGAGAUGCAGCAGCAUCACUAAGGCUGAUGGAGAGUGCUGUUCUCACACUCUGCCUGGAGGAGUGCAACGCACCCUCUGAGCUGGCUGAUAUCCUCAAUGCAGUGAGGCUGGGAGGAGGAGGAGACAGUCCGUGCCUGAGAUACUAUGACAAGGUGAUGAACCUGGUGGUAUUCAAGGACGGCACAGCUGGGAUUGUAUUUGAACACAGUGCUGUGGAUGGGAUGGUGGCUGGGCUUAGGGCAAAGAGGCCUGUAUGA